GUCGUUUAUUAUAAAAAAAUAUUCUUAUGUGUCGUUUAUCAGCAUUUCAUUUCAUAUUUAGUGUCACAUUCAUUGUAUUUUUCUUUGGUGGUCUUUGCGAGGCUAGUCGACAUGUAAAUGUGGAUAUCAUCAAUGAUAUUGGUCCAAAAUUACAAUUAGGACUAUACUGCAAAUCUAAAGACAAAGAUCUCGGAGCACAUUAUUUAGCUCCUCAUCAACACUGGGGAUUUCAAGCAAAACUCAAUUUUUGGGAGACCUCUCUGUUCUUUUGUCAUUUUCAAUGGGCAAGGGGAAGUCAAUCUAAAUGGUUUGAUAUUUUUGAUGCGAACAGAGAUUAUCGUCUAGGUAUAUGUCAAGAUAAUCCGUGUGUUUGGAGUAUAAGACCUAAGGGUCCAUGUAGAUUAUUAAAAGGUAAGGAAAAAUGUUUUCCUUGGAAUCCUGCUACUUGA